AUGAUUGGUGUUGUUUGGAAACCAGCAGCGCUCACACCACGUGAUUCUAAGAUUUCGGGUUGUUUGCAUCGUACAAAAGGAGCGGACAAUUUGCUCACAGUGAACGUAGAAGCAGUUCUGGAAGACUUUGCAGUCCUCGGUCAUGGAAUUGUCCGGGAUGUUCGCAGGAACUGCUCUACCUCUAGCGAUGAAAAUAAUCAGGAAAAUGGAGGAUAA